AAUGAUUAUGGCAGCGCGCGCAUGCAAGGGCCUUCGAGCGCGGGCAGUCCAUCUCCUCACCGUCCCAGUCCAAUGCUCGGAACUGACGACCAAGAUCUGGAGUGAAUUGCCGCAAUAAGUGGCCCUAGUCGCCGAAGAAGGCAGUCCGGAUAGGGUGUAUAGCCCUACGAUUGCGAAGGCCGGGGACGGGCUUAGGCUCGCCGCUCACCAGCCCGCUCGAUUUCUCUCGCACAAAGAUCCAUUAUCCGAGUCGAGCUCAUAUCCUUUCCACCGACCACUCAACCACCUGCCUCAUCAUGCGCUUCACGCAGCUCACCGCCGCUCUCUUCCUCGCCUUCGUGGCCUCCGUGUCCGCGCAAGGGUCGGACACCGCGUCGGCCGCUUCGAGCACCGGGUCGGCAGUUAUGACGGAGUCCGCCUCCGCCACCGCUACCGAUUCUGCUACCUCUGCGUCAGGCAGUAGCACGGGCAGCCUUUCUGAAAGCACUACCUAGUCGGGCAAUAGCACGCAGACGUCCACUAGCGGCCAGCCUUCGGGUACUAGCGAUGGGGACGACGAGAAUCCUGCGCUCGGCGGCGCAAACAUUCAGAGCGGCUUCGCCGCCGUUGUUGCGGGGCGCACUUUUGGGAUUGGCGGUUCUGUGAAGAAGUCUCCGAAGGGGGGUAAGAUGGGUGCAGACCUGGGGCGUAUAGGAUCAGGAGCAUGCCCAGUUUCGAUCGGAGACAAGAGGUCAAUGGACUGUCGACGGAGAAAAAUUAUUCCUGUUCCGUUCUCAGCAGGGCCCUUCGAAAUCUAUAGUUCUCGGCACACGUCGCUGCCAUUUAAUUGUAAUUGGCACUUGGAAAGAUAUGCCCUUG